CUCCCUCUGUCCCAUUUUAGUUAUCCACCUUACUAAAAAUAGUUGUCCCAUAUGAGUUGUCCAUCUUACUAAAUCAAGAGAGAUUUGAAUUAGUGAGCUACCUUCUUAUUUAUGAUUUCUUAAUAUGGGUGUAAAAGGAAAAGUGGACAACAAAAAUGGGACUAAGGGAGCAUUUCUUUCCUUAACUAGCACUUCAUGUACAUGUAUUAUAUUACUUACCUCUUGGAAUGAGAUAUCAAGUUAUUCUCCAUACCUUGCCCAUUACAUGGUAUCAGAACCAGGUCCAUCCCGUUUGAGCUCACAGUCUACACUGUAGUUUGGCCUGUUAAAGUGGAUUAGAGUUUCACAUUGGUUAGGGAAUGGACUGGUACAAAUGGGCUUGGCAAAUCCUUGAGCUAGCUUUUGUGCUGACUUAGGCCGCCAUAUCUUUACAACUUUCAUAUAAAAUUCUACAUUGCCGCUCUUUCAUCUUUCAUUUUACAUUAAAUUCUCCAUUCUUUCAGCUUUCAAAGUUACCAGUUUUCUAUACAACAAUAAAACACUACCAACUAAUAUAGGUCAGAUUAAUGCUAAAUCUAAAUUGAGUUGAUACUUCAUUCCUUCAACGUUUGCAGGCUUCUUGUCCCAGCUUGGAAAAACUAUAUAUUUGUGCGGCAAACAACAUAACUGCUCUAUUCUCUCACCAACUUCCAGCUGCCUACUUCAGUAAACUUGAAAUAUUGAUAGUAUGGGAUUGUGGAAAACUGAGAAACUUGAUGUCUCCAUCUGUGGCCAGAGGUCUUCUGAAUCUCCAAAUGCUAAAGAUAUUUUACUUCCAAUCAAUGGAAGAAGUGAUAGCUGAAGAGGAACAACAAGGAGAAGAAAUCAUGACAAAUGAGCCUUUAUUUCCCAUGUUGGAUGGGCUGAGCCUCGAUAAGCUACCAAAGCUUGAGCAUUUCUUUCUGACGAAGCGUGCUCUUGAAUUUCCAUUUCUUAAAGAAGUAGAGAUUCGUAAAUGCCCUAAAAUGAAGACAUUUAUUCAACAGGGAACGGAGAGGACGCCGAGUCUCAAAAAUGUGAACAAUGAUAAUGAGGUGAAAGUAGAUGAUCUGAAUGAAUGGAUACAUCAGAGGUUCAUUUCUAAGGAAGAAGAUGGAAGUGAAUCAGAAGCUUCUCAGGAAGAAGAUGGAAGCAAAUCUGAAGCUUCUCAGGAAGAAGAUGGAAGCGAAUCUGAAGCUUCAAUCGAGUGACGGCAGAAGCUUUCUCUAUGAAUCCAAAACUAGGAAGGUAAUAAUUAAGUACGCAACGAUAAGUCCAAAGUGCAUCCAACUUAGCUCGAACAUCGCCUGAUACCUAUGCUCGUGAUGGGAGGUAACAAGCAGAGGUGUAUCUACACUAUAACACAUGAACCCAAUAGCUUUUGCCAGAGACUUGAAUAUCUAUUUGUAAGGUCUAGAAAAUAAUUUAUUUUGAACACAAUUACUAUCAUUAUUAUAUUAAACUUGAGGGCCUUUAGUAUUCGAUAAAUUUUAAAUUUUGGAUUCUCUUGUGA